AUGGAGCUCGUAGGGUGGCACAGCCAACAAGCCGUCCAAGCACUCGGGGGAAUCCCCCGACGCGUCAAGCGUCCGCAAACCCGUGAUCCAGCCAAACCAAAAUGGAAAGCUACCAGCCAAGCGACCAGGAACCCACGGGAGGCCUGGGCCUGGGAGAACGGGAACCCCCGGCGCAGCUCACCCACUACAAGCCACAUGCAAGGCGCCUGGUUCAACACACAGCCCUUCCUGGGGGCGAAUAGCACUACCUCACCGACCAUGCAGCCUACCAAGCUCCGAUGGCCCAUACGAGGUAUCGGAUAA